CUUUGCAUUCCUCCUCCCAUUCGUCCUGUCCUCAGGAUGCCAGUAAACUCCAAAUUUCUGAACCUUUAACGUAAUUUCUUGGAUUUAAACUGCAAGAGUCCAGAGAAACAUACCAAAACGGGCAGUACAGCAACUUUAUUUCAAGCUAUUUUUCAUUUUCAGUUGGGGGGGCCAUUUACAGUGUAUUUUUAGACCUGCUGAGACUCAGCUUAGCACAACUGUUGCCUGCUUAUCACUACCGGAUACGAAGACCGCCUUCUCUCAGUCAAGUGGGACAAGGAGAACAUUUUAAAAAGGAGUUUAAUGCUGGUUUCCUUGGUAACGCUGCGUCUCAAGGACCUCUGAAGAACCAAAGGUUAUCCGCAAACAUUUGGAAAGUUUAAGAGUAAGCACUCUUCUACAAUGAGCGGUCAGGACAGUGGUGGAGAGGCUGGCCCUUCAUCUCAGUCCAAUCAGAGGACGGUUUUGGAUGAUAUCAUUUUAACCUUUACCUCACCCAUGGCCUGGCUGCUGGUUGUGGCUCUGAUCCUCACAUGGUCAGGAGUGGCCAUUGUGCUGUUUGAUCUGCUUGAUUACAAGACUCUAGCAGACUAUACAUCAUACUGUGACGACCCCGUGUGUUUAUCACCUGGUCUCCCCCCUCCUGCUGCCAUCGCAAAAAGAGGUAUAAAGGCUAGAGCUGCUCUUCGUUCACUAAAACCAAGCUCUGCCGGAGUCCAUGGUGAUAUCGCUCCUCAUGAGAGCUCUGAUUGGAUGGAGAUGAUAUGGUCCUUUGCAGCAAGUUUAGUCGCUCCCGAAGAGGAAGAGGAAGGUAUUCACCAGCUAACUGAAACCUUCACAUCUUUCAGCUCAGAGGAACUUUGAGGGAAAUGAGGUGGAAAAAAUACAAGAAACCAAAAGAAAUAUGUGGAAACUGGAAGGAGAUGGAGCAGAAUUAUUUGCAUCAUAUCAAAGCUUUUAUUUUAUUUUCUGUUUACCCUUAGCUGUACUCUGAUCAUUAAAGACUUCAGUUAAAAUA